AUGGAUACAUGCUUCGUCGGUGAAAAUUGCCAUCCCUAUGCUAAAGCUACAAAAUCACCUUCUCCCAAAGUUGCUGAACAAAACAGUGAUAAUACGGUGAAAGCUCACCAUCGAAGAAACACUCUCGCUAUAGAAACCCUCUCACUCACCACUCACCGUCGCUUCUCUUCGCCCUCCUCCUCGUCGCUGCGCCGCCCUUACCAUCGUCAUCUCGUCGCUGCGCCGCCCUUACCUUCGCCAACCCUGUCGCGCACAACUCUCACCUUCGCCAUUCUUACCAUCGCUGUUGACCGUCGCCACCCAAUAACCACUCACCGCCAGUCACCACUCACCGUUCACCAUCGUCGCUCAUCACCUUUGCCAUUGUCACCACUGCACAGACCAUCGCUCUUCUUCGCCGUUCUGCACAAAUCAUCAUUGCGCCGCCCUCACCAUCGUCAUCUCCGUGCUUCUCAUCAUCGUCAUCUCCGUGUUGAUUAUGCCAAACUCACUAAGCUUCUCAAGAACCUUAUGGCAAAGGUUUCUACUAUGAAGAAUACAGAGCAGAUUUUAGAGCAACUUCCUCGGGUGAUAUCAUCUUUGGAUGCAUAUAUGGAUAAUGGAUUGCAAAAGUGAUAACCCGCUAGCAAGUGCAAGUAAACCUCGUUCAAAGUCAGGAGGGAGCUGACUGAAGCUUAAGAGGGAGCUGCGUUCCACUCACCCAACUGUUCUUCGAGUUUCUUUGCUAGGUGAGGACAGCGACUUCAUCUUCUUUCUUUUCUCCUCUAAUUCAAAAUUCUGAUAAUUCUCUUGCUCCAUUUUUUUUCAGUUUAUUCAAUUUC